AUGGCGACUUCGAACAAUCCGCGGAAAUUCAGCGAGAAGAUCGCCCUGCACAACCAGAAGCAAGCGGAGGAGACGGCGGCUUUCGAGGAGGUCAUGAAGGACCUGAGCCUGACGCGGGCCGCGCGGCUCCAACUCCAAAAGUCCCAGUACCUGCAGCUGGGCCCAAGCCGUGGCCAGUACUAUGGCGGGUCCCUGCCCAACGUGAACCAGAUUGGGAGCGGCACCGUGGAUCUGCCCUUCCAGCCCAGCGGAUAUCUGGGGGAGGCUCUGGCAGCGGCUCCUGUCUCUCUGACACCCUUCCAGUCCUCAGGCCUGGACACCAGCCGAACUACCCGGCACCAUGGGCUAGUGGACAGAGUGUACCGGGAGCGUGGCCGCCUUGGCUCCCCACAUCGCCGGCCUCUGUCAGUGGACAAACAUGGAAGGCAGGCGGACAGCUGCCCAUAUGGCACCGUGUACCUCUCGCCACCUGCGGACACCAGCUGGAGAAGGACCAAUUCUGACUCUGCCCUUCACCAGAGCACAAUGACGCCAACCCAGCCAGAGCCUUUUACGGGUGGGUCCCAGGACGUGCACCAGAAAAAAGUCUUACUAUUAACAGUCCCUGGAAUGGAGGAGACCACAUCAGAGAUGGACAAGAACCUUUCCAAGCAGGCAUGGGACACCAAGAAGACGGGGUCCAGGCCCAAGUCCUGCGAGGUCCCUGGAAUCAACAUCUUUCCAUCCGCCGACCAGGAAAACACUACAGCCCUGAUCCCUGCCACCCACAACACGGGGGGCUCCCUGCCUGACCUGACCAACAUCCACUUCCCCUCCCCCCUCCCGACCCCGCUGGACCCCGAGGAGCCCACCUUCCCCGCGCUGAGCAGCUCCAGCAGCACCGGCAACCUCGCAGCCAACCUGACACACCUGGGCAUCGGCGGUGCCGGCCAGGGGAUGAGCACACCUGUCUCCUCGCCGCAGCACCGCCCGGCCGGCGUCAGCCCGCUGUCCCUGAGCACGGAGGCAAGGCGGCAGCAGGCCCAGCAGGUGUCGCCCACUCUCUCCCCACUGUCACCCAUCACUCAGGCCGUGGCCAUGGAUGCCCUGUCUCUGGAGCAGCAGCUGCCCUACGCCUUCUUCACCCAGGCGGGCUCUCAGCCGCCGCCGCCGCCGCCUCAGCCUCAGCCCCCGCCCCCGCCCCCGCCUGCGUCCCAGCAGCAGCCGCCCCCGCCGCCCCCGCAGGUGCCUGUCGGCCUCCCCCAGGGCGGCUCCCUGAUGCCGAGCGCCAGCCUGACUCGGGGGCCCCAACUGCCCCCGCUUGCGGUCACGGUACCAUCCUCUCUCCCCCAGUCCCCCCCAGAGAACUCGGGCCAGCCGCCGAUGGGGAUCGACACUGCCUCGGCGCCGGCUCUGCAGCAGUACCGUACUAGUGCUGGCUCCCCAGCCAACCAGUCUCCCACCUCACCCGUCUCCAAUCAAGGCUUCUCCCCCGGGAGCUCCCCGCAACACUCUUCCACCCUGGGCGGCGUGUUUGGGGACUCAUACUAUGAGCAGCAGAUGGCGGCCAGGCAGGCCAAUGCUCUGUCCCACCAGCUGGAGCAGUUCAACAUGAUAGAGAAUGCCAUCAGCUCCAGCAGCCUGUACAGCCCGGGCUCGACACUCAACUACUCACAGGCGGCCAUGAUGGGCCUCACGGGCAGCCACGGGAGCCUGCCGGACACACAGCAGCUCAGCUUCCCCAGCCACGGCAGCAUCCCCAAUAUCAUCCUCACAGUGACAGGAGAGUCCCCUCCCAGCCUCUCUAAAGAACUGACCAGCACGCUGGCCGGGGUCGGUGACGUCAGCUUCGAUUCUGACAACCAGUUCCCCUUGGACGAACUCAAGAUUGACCCCCUGACCCUGGACGGACUGCACAUGCUCAAUGACCCAGACAUGGUCCUGGCCGACCCGGCCACCGAGGACACCUUCCGGAUGGACCGUCUGUGAGCCGCACGCUCGGCACACGGCCGCCCAGCCCCCGGCUCCGUCACCCCACUGGUCAGUGGUCCCCACGGCGUCUCCCCAAGCCUGGGGACGGUGGCGCUCCGUCCCUCGCAAACGGCCGAGCUUGUGAUUCUGAGCUUGCAAUGCCGCCAAGCGCCCCAGCCCACCCGCCCGCCCACCCCGGUUGUCCACCUCCCGCGUGAGGCCGCGUGUCGUCGCCCCCGCGGACCCUCCCUCCCUGCUCUCUCGUCCCCCUGUAAGAUGCGGAAAGCGUGCUGGGCAGGGCCGCCGGCCUCGGGGGGCGCCGUGCUCUGCGACGGUGGUGGGAUGAGGUGCAUCUUGCGACUGUUGUCCAGCUCUCACUGCCUUCCUUUGUCCCCGAUCCCCCCACCCGCCCGCGCCCCCAGCCCUUGGUUAGGUAGCGAGCCAGCCCCACCCCGCCGAAAGGAGAAGGCGCCGGGGGCGGGGGGUGGGCGGACAUGAAGCAGAAAUAAACACUAUUUGGACUGCCGUCUUUUAUAUUUCUGAGCACACACAGAACACUAGACUCCAUCCCACGGAGGUGGGAUGCGAACAUGUGAAAGGAGCAUGCGAAGCAGCUACAUCUCCCCCGGGGGCCAGUAGGGAAGCCCAUGCCCCCGCCUCGCCACCCCCAGCUGGGCCCCUUGGUGGCCACCUUUGCUGUGAAAUCCCCACCCAGGCCUGUCGGGGAUGCACGUGGAGGGGGGGAUUAUUUCUAGGGGGUUUUGCGACUUGUUUCCUCUUUCUUUCUCUGUACCGUGGUCACUGUUACUAUUAUUUAAAGAAUGGCCGGGGGCGGGGGGCGGGUGGAGGCGGCCGGGGCAUUUUUUUGGUUUGUUUCUUUCGGUUUGUAUUUACAUUUUGGUUGUAGAUGAAUAACUGACUCCUUCAAGCCAACACUUGCCUGAGAGCAUGUUUUUAUUCUAGAAAUCCAGCGUUAUAAUAUUUGUAAGCUAACUGGAAGCGGUCUGCUGCCUGCCCGGGUCUGAGCUGCAUCUCCGGCCUUUUUACUUUUGCUCCGUUAUCCCAAAACAGAAGGACAUGAGGUUGGGCUGGGCUCGCUGGCCUGGGUGGGCACUCUGGCAGAAGCUGGCAGCAGCGGCCAGAGGGGCCUCUGCUCUGAUCCCUAACGGACUUCUGGGAAGGAGCCCCGGCUUCCAUCAGGGGUCUUGUGAAGACCCAGCUCUGCCCGGCCUUCCCAAAGGUGCCAGCCAGUCCUCAGGGCAGGCCUGUCCUAGACCCCGUGGCUGGCGGCAGCAGCCGCGGCCCCUCUGUUCUGAGAUGCCCCAGAGACGAGCCUGUCCUCAGCACCCCCAUCCCGAGGUCCAGCCGACAUUCAUCCCCUCCCACCAUCCCGCCAUCUCUUUCGUAGCCCUUCCUGGCAGGGCUGGAUUUGGAGGCAAAGAGCAGUGUGCAUUUUAGCGGCUGGUUUCCAGGUGCUUCUCAGAGUGCCUCAGGAGGCCCAGGUGACCAUCCAUCGGGGCUCACUGGCGCACCAGAGGCCAUCUGUCUGCCCUGCAGGCCCUGCGAGGGGGCGACAGGGCUGGCUUUGUGUUCUGUCAGUUGCUUUGGAAUAGGAACGUCCGUUUCAUUCCCUCCGACAUCGCAUCUCGAGUUCUUACUCGCUCCUCCACCUGCCAGCAGGGCUGGCACCUCCUGCCUGGUGCGUUUCCGCCUCCGUCGGGGUCUUGGGAGCGCCCGCCUCUGUCUGUGGGAGCCAGAUUUGAUCCUAGCGACCAUCCCUCUCUCUUGUUCCCUGGCCGGGCUCUUAGCACGUGGCCAAGUGGCCGCGUGGCCCCACAGACGGGAAGCCCCCUGUCCUCGGUCACUUGGCCUCCGCCGCUGUUGUCUGGACUGGAGUUAGGUUUAGUGUCAGUCCAUCCAGGUCAAGGGCCCGUCUUCUUUCCAGGGCUGGGGGCAAAGAGUUGAGGACUCUUUCUUUUUUUAAAGAAAAACUACAUGUAUGUACAUAGAAGGGUUUGAUUACCAUUAGACUUGUAUGUAGAACUUUUUUUAAAAAAUGGCCUUAAUAAAAUUACAAGCAACCUUCCUGGAUGCAAUUUUCAAACAAGGAGUUGGGGACCCCGUGAGGGAGCCCCGUCAGCCCACAUUUCCCAUCUGCCCAGCAGUGGGUUCUUGGUGCAGAUGGGCAGGGAAGGAGGGACUGUCCAGCCCCAUGGCGCGUUUCUAGCAUCCCUAGGCCAGGAGCACAGGUGACACUGUAUUAACACGGCAGCCUCAGCCCAUGAGGGGCGUAGGUGCAGAGCUUUCCCAGGGAGGGGAUCCAGCCAGGAGCCAGCGGGCAGGCGUCCUCAAAGGGUUCACUGCCCCCUCCUGGGCCUGGGCAGGCCUCUGGGGGUCUACAACAGGGGAUUUGGGGUUUUUUCUUAAAUAUCAUUUCUCUACUAAAUAUUGAAUAUGAGUUGCCAAGACUUUUAGAAACAGGACAGCUUAAGGGAAUCAGCCCUUUGACUUGUGACGUGAAAAUACUGUGAUUUCAGACGAGCUGCGCCGUGAGGUGUGAGCUGGAGCCCCUGCGUCGUGUAUAUAGACCCGCUCGCUGUGGCCGAGCCCCCCUCAGCUGUGCAAACCUUUCCUCCGGGAGCGUGAGCCAACCAGCGUGUCCCCACCUGCCUCAGCUUACCCUCUGUCCUCUGAGCCCCCAGGGUGGUAAAUUUGUUCCCCCGUGAGGCUCCAUGGGCCGAGGAUGAGACCUGGGGUCAACCUGUCUCUGUGUCCCCCAGAGAAGAGAGUUCAUGCCCCUGGUCCCCACCCUCCGCCUGUCAGCAUCACCCCCUGCAGUGCCCAGGGUUGACUUGGGGAAGGAGGAGUCUCAUCGGGGUCACAUCCCUGUCUCAGGUACCCGUGAGGACCUCCCCCCGCACCGUGCCCUUAGCAGAGGGAAGACAGGCAGCACUGUUUGGGGUACCCUGCAGCCCCCCCCCCCCGCUUUCCUUGCACGCCUUGCUUCCCCCCAGCGCUCUUCCGGGCAAGAAGGGUAGGGGCCAGUCCCCUGGGGCAGGGGGCCCUGAGACCCUCAGUGGAAAGCUCAGGGAGCAGGUCGACCCUUCAGCAAAAUUUGGAGGCCCACGGCCAGCGGUAUCCAAAAACCAGUGAGGCUUCCCUGUGGGGACAAGUACACAGCAGAAGGGACCCUAAUUGCGUUGGGUCCAGCCCCCAACCCCAGUGUGGUCCACGGAGUUCCCUGGGACCAGGCCUGCGAGGCUGGAAGGCAAGGGCAGGUGUGUGUGUUUGCAGCCCUUUCCCCAGCAACGCCUCCAUUCACUGGGAGUGCUUGGCCGGCCUUUGCAGCCUGUGUGCUGUUAUCUCCUUGUGGGUGUUGAGGGCUGGGCAGGAGGGUUCUGACGUCGUAGGUGUGUUUGACCAGAUUUCUUCAGGUGGCCGACCUCCGACCUCCGAGGAGGGCGGCCAGCCAAGUGGGCCCAUCGUGAGGCCUGUGUGUCACAGUGGCGCGGGCAAGGACAGCUGUCCAUCUGUCCGUCCAUCAGAUGCUGUGAGACUCCUGCGUGGAGGGCGAGACGUCCCGUGUCGUCCAUCCAUCCUGCUGGGGUGGGUGUCCAGUUUGGGGGCUGCGUGCAUGCUGGGUGCUGGCCACGGCCUGGUCACAGGGGACGGGAGUAGGUACGAGGCCCAUGGAGGUGCUGGGUGGGACUCAAGCAGCAGGGGUGACCCCCCUCUGUCCAGCCUCCUGGGCCUAAUGAGCCCCCAUGAUCACCUUCUCCUAGAGAAAACUUGUUGACCUGGAGGCCUCCAGGCAGCUGAGAACGCCUGGGAUGGUACACCCCUCCCCAGACCUCCACACCCUGAGCUAGUUCAUAACCAAACUUGCUGCCGAGCUCCUGCCCCCAACUGGAUUCUGAGUCUUCUGCAUUUCCAAAGAAGGCAUCCCCACCCCAGGGUGCAGGCUGGGUGUGGUGAGGCCUGGUGGGGUCAGGAGACCCCCGCCCCCAGCCCUGACACAGCAGUAGCAGCACCCAUCACCCUCACUGGGUUCUGAGGGAGCCAUAGUCAGAGUCCUCAGGGUGCCUGCCCUUGGCGUAGUGUUGGGGCACAGGGGUGCAAGGUCAAGGGUACCUGCUGCUCUUGGGCCUGGCCUACCACCCCUGCAGGUGACGCUUCAGGUGAGGGAGCUGUGGCCACCUGAGCUCCACGCCGCCGCCCCCCCCCCCGCCACGUGACCUGAAGAGCUGGGGGAGGAUUUGGCACCUCGCCUACCCUGGGAGGCCUGCCUGGGGUGAGUGGGCAGACAGGUCUGUUUCUGCCCGAGUUCUCCGUGGACGCUGGGCCCCCAUCCCUUGGGGGGCCUCACAUCAUAUGACAGGGGUCCUUGGGACAUUCCUUUGUCAGGCCCUGCCCGGCCAGCUUGGCCUGAACCAACUCUUUUUGGCUUCCUCGGCUUUUGGGGGUCCUGGCUGCGUGGGGCUCAGGCACCUCUCCUAACCGUUGGUGUGCCACAGGUGGCUGGCCACAGACAAGAGUUCUACCCCAAUGGAGGUGGGGUGACCUGCACCCCCAGGCCUGGGCGCUGGGGUGCUCCUGGAGGCGCCGGCGGGCAGACAAGACCCUUGUGACCCGGGCCUCAGUUCCCUCUUGUCAUUAGCUCAGGCCCACGGGUCUCAGGGCCCCAGGCUCAUCCCAGGCAGGGGCUGGACGUCAGGGACUGGUUCCAGACAGCUCCCUCUGCCUUCUGCCCUCCUGGCCAGUGCCCAGCACCCUGUCCCGAGGAGCCAGUGACACUUGGGUUGCCCCCAUCUUGCAGGGUUGUGGAAUUUGGGGGUAAUCGAUGCCCAGCCUGUCGUUUCUGGCCUCCUGCCAACCGGGGACAAGGGGACACAGCUGUGGCAUUUGCUACCAGACUCCGGAAGGGAGGGCUUUGGCAGUCAAGGUCCACUGACCCCGCCAUGCCCUCCGUUGGAAACUGCCCCUGCCCCUCCAGGGACUGGGCACUGAUAUAUGCAAACCUGCCAGUCCAAGCCCUGUCCCACUCAUGUCCCUCUUUCCCCCAGGCUGGCUCUGCCCCCACCCCCAGCAUGUACAUUGUGCUGUAGAUGUCCCGUGGGCCGCACGCGUGGGUGCCCAUGGCGGGCGGGGGCGGGCGCUCAGGGCGCACUUGGCCGGCCCCUGCCCAUCCUCUCUGACGUGGACGCUAUCGUCUGUGUACCUUUGCAUCCUUUGUAAUGAAACGUAAUAAAAAUACAAUGUUUUCA